AAAUCCACCAUAUUCGUUCGGAAAGCAAUUCGCAGGUACUGCCUUAUUAUUUAGUGCGCCUGCGCACUUAAGUUUUGUUCACCGGAAGUGGUAACCUCAGAAGAUGUCGACGACAGCAUGGCAAUGUUUUCGUCUGAUCAAUUUCAGAUAAUUUAACCGGUUCUCCUUGUUGAGAGGCUAAUGCGAGUUUGACAGUGGGCAUAAGGCGAAAGAUUCUCUGGAAAGAAACUGGUGUGUUUAUUUUCACUGAAACAAACCCGUGUGAAAUUCGGAUGUUUUCAUCUUGCGUCACCUUCACUCAAAAUGUGACAGAUGUAAGCCAGGAUUUUAAGUACAGCAGCUAGUAUCUUUGGCGUCACGUUUAAGGCUGUUUUGGUGUUAAUUCCGUAGUUACAGACCUAUGUUCUAAAAUUUUUCCACGAACAGUAAUAUAAAUGAGUGCUGUAGCACGCCCUUCUCUACAGAACGGAGGUACAUAUCACAACCAGUAUCAAGGUUGGCUUGUGAAAAGCUUCAUGAAUCAAAUGUCGUCAGAACACAGUGUCCAAGCGUUGUCAUGGAGGAAGCUUUACCUCAGUAGAGCGAAGUUGAAAGCGUCUAGUCGUACUUCAGCUCUUCUAUCUGGCUUUGCAAUGGUGGCAAUGGUUGAAGUCCAGCUUGAGGAUGUGCCUCAGGGGCUUUUAAUCGCAUUCAGUGUGUGUACAACUUUGUUAGUUUCAGUUCACCUCUUAGCUCUGAUGAUCAGUACAUGCAUACUGCCCAACAUUGAGGCGAUCAGCAAUGUACAUAACUUAACUGCAGUACACGAGUCGCCACAUGAGCGAAUGCAGUGGUACAUAGACAUGGCAUGGGGAUUUUCUACUGCCCUGGGCAUUAUACUCUUCCUGGUAGAAAUUACAAUUUUGUGCUGGGUCAAAUUUUACUCGUAUAGUUUCAAGGCUGCAAUUGCCUCAACUGCUAUUGUCAUUCCUGUCUCCGUUAUGUUCCUUGUGUUUGCCAUGCAUUUUUAUCGCCGACUCAUUGCCCAUAAAUACGAACGUUCAUCUCGAGGCCUGGAAGAACUGGAAACCAUUGCGACUGAACUAAGUAACAAUUCAACUGUUCGGGAUGUAUAAUGCAGAAUCGGAGACAAACUAUAAUUUUCCACGCGUAUUUUCAUAAUCAAAUUGCAUGUGUUCUGUUGUGUGCACUAAGCCAAAGUUCUUCAAACUGUUGUAAGGAUCUGAAUGCAUUAGUGCUUGUAUUGCUAUGAACUUUUUUGAUAUGACUUUGUCCCCUGCAGAUGUCUUAUCCGUAGCGGUAAGGUCGUAUAUGUUAGAAUCUAGCUUUGGCUCACUUAGGUAUUUUGGUGGAUUCGGAAAUGUGACAGCCACCAUACGUUUGAGUAUGCAUGUAUGAAUAUGAGUAUGUUUGCAUUUAAGUAUUCAUCACUUUUGCACAGGUAACUGUCAAAGGAAGAAUGUUAAUAUUGAUGUGUCCCAGUUAACUAAAAUCCAUGACAUUUACAUGUAAUCUGUUACAAAGCUGUGAAAGGGAGCUUCUUGGCUGAGUGAUGAGCAAGUCAGUGUAAAACCCAACCCAGUAACACAGGAGCCUCUCACAAAUGCGGUCGCUGUGAGUUCAAGUCCAGCUCAUGCUGGUUUCCUCUCCGGCCGUAAGUGGGAAGGUCUGCCAGCAACCUGCGGAUGGUCGUGGGUUUUCUGCGGACUCUUGGGGUUUCCUCCCACCAUAAUGCUUGUCGUCAUUGUUUAAGUGAAAUAUUCUUGAGUACGGCAUAAAACACCCAUCAAACAUGUAAAAUAAAUAAAUACAAAACAGCCUAAAUCCAUCUUCUCAAUACUUCCUUCAUCUUCUCUACUGGCUUGUAAAAGAUGAAGCACAAAUUCACAAAAGCUGUGACAUGCUGCAAAAAGUCAACGUUGUUUUGUUUAUUGUUUAUUGAAAUAUUAAUAGGAUGUCUAAAACUUGACUGAUCAACUGACUGACAAACAGACAGACAGCAACUUUUAUAGUCUUUUUGUCUCAGCUACAAUUAGUGAGUUAAGAGUCAAACACAAAUCAAAUACAUAAAUGUCAUAACUUUUUUCAGAAUCAGAAAUUUUGUUAUAGAAUAUAGUGAAACUGCAUAAGAAGGUGUGAAAAUGUAAAUUUAGAAAGCUCACAUUUUUAGAAAAGCAAUCCAUACUAUCUCAGUAUUUCUAAUUUAAGCCUUAUUUGAAGAUGGCAAAGGCUUUGGAACUAAAUUCAAUUUAGUACUUUUACAAAAAUAUUAUUGAUACAAACUUUCCAUCAUAUUUGGGAGGCAGGUUUUGAGUUCAUGUUAGCUAAGCAUUACUUUUAUGUCAUGAUUUAUUUAUUUAUUUAUUUGAUUGAAGUUUCACGCUGCACUCAAGAAUAUUUCACGUACUAACAUUAUGGUGGGAGAAAUCCAGGCAUAACAGGGAGGGAUCUGCAAAUUGCUAGCAAACCUUCCCAUGUAGAGAGGAAGGCAGCCUGAGGUAAACGCAAUCACAUUGGUGAGAGCUCACAGGUUAUUGUGCUGUGCUAGCUUGCUAAUCACAAAACCCCCCCUUUUUGCAUGAUAAAUUACUGUGGGAUAUUCAGGAAAAAAGUGGCCCAUUAGUGACUGAUAUAGUUUUUUGUUUUUGUCUUUAGUUUUUUUGUGUUAAAUUAUUUUAACCAAAAAAUCUUAAUUUCAGACACCUAGAAAAACUACAAAUCUAGGCAUGUAUCAUCAGUAAAAAAAAACGUCUUUCAUAUUUAUGUACAUGUAAACAACAGAACAGAAAAUGAAAUCUAGGCACAAAAUGCUGGAAUUUUCUACAGGAAUUUAUAUAGUUUUUGUAUGUUUCAAAUUUGUUUGAUUUUUUUUUUUAUAUAAAGGCGAGAAGUUUGAGAUGUUUUAUGAUAUUUUAUGGUUUAAUUUUGAGGGCUUUAAGCGGGCAUUGGGGACAAACUUAAACUGACUGGAUGCCACUUAAAUGGUAUCAGAUAAUGACUUUCUAAUGUGUAAGCCGUUCAACCUGAAAGAGGUACUUUAGUGCCAAGACUUGUACGCCUUAAAAGCAAGAUUAAAUGAUAAGGAUAAAGAUAGACGGACUUAUUUUCUUACAUUGUAGAAAAAAAAUGCAUUGCGUUACAGCCACCCUUGCUAGUGUGUGAGGCUAACAUGGAAACAAAACAUUUCUGUCGUUUCCAAUUUUGCUUUGUGUGACGUCGUGCAAGAACAGCUGACGUCACCAUCAGUGACGUAUAGCCACAAAUGAUGUCGUACUCCCAAACGCGCAUGACGUCAUUCCAGUAUAACUACCUUCCUCAACACCAUAUCUGCCUGAUUCAUCGUCCCAUAAGGAAUAUUUUGGGGUCACACCACGAAAAUUUGACAAAAAACUGUCGAAGAUUUUGUUUUUCAGGAUUCUUCACCUAUAGGGGUAAAAUACAGUUAUUCAUCUUAAAUUUCUGUGGCCGUGAUGCUAACUGUAUUAUAUAGUGUGUCCUUCGUAUCUUGUUAAUAUUUCCACCUAGGCUGUCUUUGGCUGAAGUAGCACUUUACGCUUCACGAAAUAAGUUUGAAUGUUUAAACGUUAGAAAGUGCAUGACCACAUUGUGCAUGUACAUGUAUAUACCCUUCGUUAAAA